AUGAAGUCGACAAUAUUCUUGAUUCUAUCGUUAUGGAGAGGCGUCCAAGACGUCCAAGCAGCCGCCGUAUUCGCUCACUUUAUGGUAUACAACUCGGAGAACUUCACCGUCUACGACUGGGAAAUCAAUAUCGCAGAAGCGCAAAAGGCCCACAUCGACGCCUUUGCCUUAAACAUCGCAUACAACUUCCCCACAAACAACCGCUCCCUAUCCAACGCAUUCACCGCCGCAAACGCUCUAGACUUCCAACUUCUAUUCUCAUUUGACUACGUAGGUAACGGUGCCUGGCCAGAAGGCGAGGUGAUCGGUCUACUCCGAAAGUACGGAAAGAACAGAGCCUACUACCAACACAAGGGUAAACCCUUCGUAUCAACCUUCGAAGGCGCCUCCAAUGCCACAGACUGGGCCACCAUCAAACAAUAUACAGACUGCUUCUUAGUACCGGGGUGGUCCGCCCUAGGCGCGAAAGAAGCACUCGCUGUCGCCCCAGGUGUUCCAGACGGACUGUUCUCAUGGGCCGCAUGGCCCGAAGGCCCAGACCCAAUAAAUACAUAUGUAGACUCAACCUACAUGCAAUGGCUCAAAGACACAGGCGAACUGCCGUACAUGAUGCCCGUCUCGCCGUGGUUCUAUACGAAUCUGCCAGGUUACGGGAAGAACUGGAUCUGGAAUGGUGAUAACCUGUGGUAUGACAGGUGGCAGCAAGUAAUAUCCCUGAAGCCUGAAUUUGUGGAGAUCAUCUCGUGGAAUGAUUACGGCGAAUCGCACUAUAUCGGCCCGCUGCAUGAGGGUGCAUACGCGACCUUCGAGAUCGGUAAUGCAAGCUACAACUAUGCUGCUGGUCACCCGCAUGACGGCUGGCGCGACUUCUUGCCUUUCAUGAUAGAUGUCUAUAAGGGGGCUAGGGCGAAUGUCACCACCGAAGGCGUCACUGCUUGGUUCCGUCAGUCGCCUGGGAAGGCUUGUACCAGCGGUGGCACUAUGGGUAAUACAAAGACGCACGGUCAGAAGGAGUUUCCACCUACGGAUGUCUUACAGGAUGAGGUAUUCUACACUGCACUUCUGCGAACUGCCCAGGAUGUAGAAGUGACGGUUGAUAUUGGUGGCGUCGUACAGGAUGGGAAGUUGAAGAAUAAACCACACGGUCCAGUCGGCCUUUAUCAUGGCAGUGUGCCAUUCAAUGGUAAUACUGGGCAAGUUAUCGUGACGGUAUCUCGUCGAGGAGAGACCGUUGCUGAGAUGCGGGGUGCAUCGAUAUCGGAAUCCUGUCUGGAUGAUAUUCAGAAUUGGAAUGCCUGGGUUGGCACCAACUUUGCUAAUAAUACCAUUUCACGUCAUCCGCCUUCUCCAGCUCCGACUUCGACUUCGACUUCUGUUUCUGUUUCUACUGCUUCAGCUCUUUUGUUGCUGGGGAGGAUUCCAUUUAUUGUUUUCGUGGUUUUGGUUGCGAGUAUGGUGGCUGCGACAACGCCUGUUCAGCAUGAGAAAUUGGUUUUGACUGUCCCGAUCUCAGAAGUUUCUCCAUUGGUCUAUAACAUUGGCGCCAGUGAUGGCAAUGCUAGAAGCCUAUAUAGCCAUGGUACUAGCUAUGGUUUAUAUCCAAUCGACUAUCCUUACGCAACGACAAUGGAGGCUCCAGUCUUCACCUCAACCGGUACCACAGCUUUCGCAUACGACUCUUGGAAUUUGGACUGGUCUUGA